CUCUCUCUCAAUCAAAUCAAUCUUCUUUCUCCUCAUACUGGACCGGUUGUUUGUUACCACAAUUCCUCCCUCGUUGAGAAGAAUUUGGAAGCAUAGACAUAUUAAUAGCUGCAGAUCAUUUUCAUUAUGUAUUGGAAUGGAACCACUUUGAAUGGAACAUAUUCUUCUCAUGUCAUGCUCCAUCAUCUUGAUGUUGUGAGCCUAUGAGAUGGGUCAACAAACUGUAGAUUCAAAAUCAAGUGACCAGACUAAUGCUAAAUCUGGUUUACCCAAGCAUGAUAAACAGCUGUUGGUGCCAGUAGCCAUAGUGGGACCUGCACUACAAGAUUCACAGAGUGAAAGUAUAGUUGCUGCCUCCAAAUCUGCUGAAAGCCCACUAUUUCCUGAAGCGCAUACUAUGGCGAAUAAAGUUUCUAAUAUAACUGGCUCCAAAAGACCUACCCCGGAAUGCCUAGUGAACCCACUCAACCGAUGCUCGACAAACAAUUCUGGUAGUGGGCAUCUUGUCUAUGUUCGUAGAAGACCUGAAGGAGAGUUAAGCAAAACAGCUGCUAAUAACAACCAAAGCGGUGUUACUGAUUAUCCACAACUAAAAAAGCAUAGUCAACGUGAUGAGAAAACUCAGACUGAAGUCCAGAUGAAGGAAGGAUAUUACAUUCCAGAAGUUUCAUCAAUCUCAUGGACUCCUUCAAGGUGCUCCUUGUCCACAAAACCUUCAGUUCCUCCCUCUACAGGAGAGUCCAACAACAAUUUAGCUUCAGUUAAUGUUAGCAACCAUCAAGUCACGUCUACUAGACUAUUGUUGGAUAAUCCCAAGAAGGUUAAUUUUAAGCAUUGGGAAGAGCGGUAUUUCCAAUUGCAGAACUUGCUGCACAGACUGGAGCAAUCAAAGCAAGAGGAUUAUGUACAGAUGCUUCGUUCUCUCUCCUCUGUUGACCUAAGCAAUCAUGCUGUUGAACUGGAGAAGAGGUCCAUACGGCUUGCCUUGGAGGAAGCGAAAGAGGCGCAGCGAGUAAGAGUCUUGGAUAUUUUGGGGAAAUAUCCGAAGAACCCCAGAGCUUCUCUAGCUUGAUGUCCUGAACAGCCUCAGAAAGAAGGAAAUGUAAUUGUAUUCUUAAACAGACUUUGUACAUGUUGUAGCCUGAUAUUCACAUUGUAGUUAGAGUAUCUGUCUGGUCUUAGCUAGUUAAUGUGUUGUAGCUAUCGUUUGUUAACUCUUAACUUAUAGCGCGUUUUAUUGAGGAAAUGGAAAUGGCUUUCCUCAGGUCCAUCAGCAACAGUUGAGAUUGAA